GUAUCUAGGUGGCUGUGGUUUGAGUUUGUGGAGCCGAGGCCAUGUUCACGUAAUCGUAUUAGAUUGUAGUGGAGGUAGUGGAGGUGGUACGCAUGGUCGUCGUUGUUCACUGCAGUUCGUAAGAGACGGACGUCAAAUGUCAAGUAACAUGGGAGGGAGCCAACAUUCUGCUAUCAGCUUUCACCGAGUGUGGGUAGGGAGUAGUCUAAAGAGAUACAGGUUGUUGUUAGUUUUGUUAGCCUGUUAUCUGUAGGGGUUGGCAAUGUCAGAGUUAGAAACAGUUAGUAAGGAACUAGCGAAGUUCAAUCAGUCACACGUUUUAAGAUUUUGGGAUGAACUAACGGAUGAACAAAAAACAAUAUUGUCUAAUGAAAUUAAAGAAGUGAACGUGGCAGAAGUAUGUUCUUACUUCAAAAAGUCUGUGGAGACUUUGAACGAAGAUCAGUCGAAGUUGGAUGAUCGCAUGGAGCCGAUACCGCCGGAACUGUAUGGAGGAGUCAUUAGAUCGUCACCUGAGGAACUGAAGUCGUAUGAACAUGAAGGGCUGCAGCAAAUCUCCGAAGGAAGGGUAGCCGUUCUCCUUAUGGCAGGAGGUCAGGGUACCAGAUUGGGGGUGUCAUAUCCAAAAGGUAUGUACGAUGUGGGACUUCCUUCACGCAAACCGCUGUUUCAGCUGCAGGCAGAGAGAAUUAGGAGGCUGGAAGACCUGGCAUAUGACAGGACAGGUAAACGUAGCAAUAUUACAUGGUAUAUCAUGACAAGUGAGGCCACGAUGGAUGCAACUGAAGAUUUCUUUAAGAAACAUGAUUUCUUUGGACUUAAUAAGAAUAAUAUUGUUAUGUUUGAACAAGGGUUGCUUCCUUGCUUUACAUUUGAUGGCAAAAUUAUUAUGGACGAAAAAUGGAGAAUAGCAAGAGCACCAGAUGGCAAUGGAGGAAUUUAUAGAGCUUUGCGAGACAUGAAGAUUUUUGAUGAUAUGGAAAAGAGAGGCAUAAAGUAUCUUCAUGCACAUGCUGUGGAUAAUAUUCUUGUUAAAAUAGCAGAUCCCGUGUUUAUUGGCUACUGUGUGCAGAGGGAUGCAGAAUGUGGUGCCAAAGUAGUUGACAAAGCAUCACCACAAGAAGCAGUGGGUGUCAUUUGUAAAGUUGAUGGACAGUAUCAGGUUGUGGAAUACAGUGAAAUAACUUCAAAGACUGCAGAGAAGCGUAACAGUGAUGGAAAGCUAACUUUCAGUGCUGGCAACAUCUGCAAUCAUUUCUUCACCACAGAAUUUCUUCACAAAAUUGUGCACAGAUUUGAAUGCAAUCUCCAACUUCAUGUGGCCAAGAAAAAGAUUCCGUAUAUUAAUGAAAAUGGUCAGCGCCUCAAGCCCGACAAACCAAAUGGGAUAAAGAUGGAGAAGUUUGUGUUUGAUGUAUUUCCAUAUGCAGAUCGUUUUGUCAUAUGGGAAGUAAAGAGGGAAGAAGAAUUUAGUCCCCUUAAGAAUGCAGAUUCUGCAGAGAAGGAGAAUCCAACAACGUGCCGGAGCGACAUAUUUUCCCUACAUCGCCGUUACAUUCAGGACGCAGGUGGCAUUGUGGAAACUAAUGGGACGCCCAUCAUUUGUGAGAUUUCUCCCCUGGUGUCAUAUGCAGGAGAAGGCCUUGAGAAGGUAGUGUCAAAGAAGAAAUUCAAGCCUCCAGUUCUGUUAAGAUCCUCCUAUGAGGAAGCCUUGUGCUCAAAUGGUUGCACAGAAUACCAUUAAUGAGCAUGUCAGUGUGCCUUCAGUUCCUGAAACACUUGCUCCUCCAGGGAAGACAUUUUUUCUUCUAGCAUAAAGAAUAUUUUUCCCUAAUUACUUUUGUCUCCUUGAAACUGUGGACAGUACCAGUAAGCGGUUUCGUGGUGGUGGGUGUCUCUGGAUAAGGAAAUACUAGAAUGUGGUUCACCUCUACAUAUUUCUUUCAUUCUAACUUCCAAGGUCAACUUUCUCAGACAGCAAAAGAGCAAAAGUGAAAGUUGAUUGUACCGUUACAGCUGUACAGUCUGCUGCAUAAUCAAUGUGAUACUUCUGGUUCCUGAUGCAUAGCUGUGGCAUAUUGCUACUGCUUCUGGGAUUUUAUUUAUCACAGAAAUACUUUUACAUUGAAUUUGGUUCAAUGAUGUUAGUGGUGCCAGGGCAUACAUACCCAUUUAGUAUUAUUUUUAUAUACUAUUACGUACAUACAUAAUACAUGAUUAUGUAGAAUCAUAAAAAUAUUGGAAGUGAAAAUAUAAAUUUUUACACUUGUAUAGUAUAAGAAUUUGCAGUUUUUUGUAAAUAGUGGGGAAUUUUAUAUUUAAUAUAAAUGUUAUUUUUAAAUUGAUGUUGAUGUAAAAAUAGGACAUGUAUUAUGUAAAAAACAUUCCAUAUUCUUGUAUGUAAUAAGUUUUAUAAAAUUUUAAUUUAACUUAAUUUAACAUUAAGAAAAUAAUAAGAUUAUGUUAUGACAUAAUACAUGUGAUAUGAACAUGUAAAAUUGUGGCUUGAUGUAUGUAUGUGUACAUAUGCAGUCCGGUGAGGGUUAAAGGUUUUUCAUAUUGGCAGUGUACUUAAUUUGUGAUACAGGAUAUUGUUAUAUUUUGGUUGUCUGGUGAAUUGAGGUCCUGGCCUUAGUUGCUUGUCUGUUCAUGUAGUUUAUCUGAUUCUUUUAUGGUUUUGUUUGCUUUUAAUAAAUGUGUGAUAAAGUGA